GCGGCCGCCCCGCCCCUGCCCAAGUCUUAAAAGCCUCUCCCGCCUCCGAGCGUCCGAACUGCCUGCUGCGCGCCCCGGCCGGCGCCCCCUGCAGCAUGGCCUGGAACACCAAUCUCCGCUGGCGGCUGCCGGUCAUCUGCCUGCUCCUGCAGGUGGCCCUGGUGGUCCUCUUCGGCGUGUUCGUGCGCUACGACCUGGAUGCCGACCCCCACUGGAUCGAGAAGAAGAUGUCCGGGAACGUUUCCAGCGACUUGGACAACGAAUUCUACUAUCGCUACCCGAGCUUCCAGGACGUGCACGUGAUGAUCUUCGUGGGCUUCGGCUUCCUCAUGACUUUUCUGCAGCGCUACGGCUACAGCGCCGUGGGCUUCAACUUCCUGCUGGCGGCCUUCGGCAUCCAGUGGGCGCUGCUCAUGCAGGGCUGGUUCCACUCCUUUGACGGACGCUACAUUCUCUUGGGCGUGGAGAACCUCAUCAAUGCGGACUUCUGCGUGGGCUCUGUCUGUGUCGCCUUUGGGGCAGUUCUGGGCAAAGUCAGCCCUGUCCAGCUCCUCAUCAUGACUCUCUUCCAAGUGACCCUCUUCUCAGUGAAUGAGUUCAUUCUCCUCAGCCUGCUAGAGGUGAAGGAUGCAGGGGGCUCCAUGACCAUCCACACAUUCGGCGCCUACUUUGGGCUCACAGUGACCUGGAUCCUCUACCGACCCAACCUAUAUCAGAGCAAGGACAGGCAAAGUCCUGGGUACCACUCGGACCUCUUUGCCAUGAUCGGCACCCUCUUCCUGUGGAUGUACUGGCCCAGCUUCAACUCAGCUGUGUCCAAUCACGGAGACGCCCAGCACCGAGCUGCCAUCAACACCUACUGCUCCUUGGCAGCCUGUGUGCUCACUGCGGUGGCGCUGUCCAGCAUCCUGCAUAAGAAGGGCAAGCUGGAUAUGGUGCACAUCCAGAACGCCACGCUCGCGGGAGGGGUGGCCGUGGGCACCGCCGCCGAGAUGAUGCUCAUGCCUUAUGGCUCCCUCAUCGUCGGCUUCAUCUGCGGCAUCAUCUCCACCCUGGGUUUUGUGUACCUGACGCCAUUCCUGGAGUCCCGGCUGCGGAUCCAGGACACAUGUGGCAUUCACAACCUGCAUGGCAUUCCCGGCAUCAUAGGCGGCAUUGUGGGUGCUGUGACGGCAGCCUCUGCCAACACUGAGCUGUAUGGGCAGGAAGGGCUUGCCUUUGCCUUUGGAAGUUCCACACCGAGCUGGAACGCAAGCACACAGGGCAAGUUCCAGGCUGCUGGUCUCUUUGUGUCGCUGGCCAUGGCCCUGGUGGGCGGCAUCAUCGUAGGGGUCAUUUUGAAAUUGCCAUUCUGGGGACAAGCCGCUGAUGAGAACUGCUUUGAGGAUGCAAUCUACUGGGAGAUGCCCAAGGACCAGAAGAGUAUUGUCUUCCGUUCUGAGGACCCCGCCCUCAAGGCCUCAGAACCUUAAACUCCCAGGGCAAGUGAGAAGCAGGCUCCAAAGACUGUUCCAGCGUUCCCCAAGGAGCCAGUGCUGAUCAAGCUGGGAACAAAAGAGCAAGGCAAGCGGCACUCCACCUGCUGGCCUGGUCCAGGGUGCCUCCAUAUCUCCCUCCACCUUCAUCCCAGGGGACCUGCCUGAGAAUGGAGGAGGAGCUAUAGACAAAGUGGGCAUCCAAGCCAGGUUCUGGCUGCAGGAAGCCUGCCACCAGGGGUCUUGGUGGCCACAUCCUGAGAAAAGCAGGCAGGAGUGGGGCUGGGGGCUGGAGGUGGACCCGAGGCCUCCUAGGAGACAACGUAGCUGCCAACCACCGACUGCUGGGCUCUUCCACUCCCUUCCUGCCCCUCAGCCAGUAUCUCCCAUGCCCCCUGAAUCCUCCAGACCCCUCUGUGCCAUGCAGAUGGUAGCCUCCGUGAAUAAAACGUUCUUGGUGUUCUUUGUA